UUGAUAAAAAAUAAUUCGUUGUUGAUUGAAAACAAAUCAGCUGUAUUCAAAGAUAAUGGCUACCGAUGAUUCUGAAAAAAUUAUUAAGAGAGAGCUUGAAUCUGAUGAAGUGAUUUUUGAAACAAAUAUCAUGAAAUGUGAAACAAGUGAUACUGAAAUGGUCCGUGAGUGUGGAAAAUAUAUGUUUGGUAGUGAAAUGGUUACCCAUAACUUCCAAGAAAAAUGCGAUAUAGAUCAGAUCAAAGAUGAAAAUGUCAUUGGUGUUUACCAUGAACCCAAAUCAGAAAAAUGUAUAGAAGACAUAAGUGAAGGCCCUCAAAAUGAGUUUCUUGAUAUACAGGGUUUUGGGAACGUUUUUAUCAAAACAGAGGAUGAAACAGUCAUCGAGAAGAGAGAAGAUAGCUUCAAUGAAAAGAAGUCAUCAGCGUUAGGUCAAAAGGAGUUCGACACUGCAAACGAUAAUAUUGUGAAACUCGAGAUGGUAGAUACAACAGAGAGGUCCAAUGUACAUACUCAUGCAGGGGAAAAUUCAUUUCAAUGUAAAAUUUGUUUGAAGUCAUUCAGUCGAAGAAGUAAUUUGAAAGCCCACGAAAGAAUUCACACUGGUGAAAAACCAUUUCAGUGCAAAGUCUGCUCAAAGUCGUUCACUCGAAGUAGGUGUUGUAGAAUCCAUGAAAAAACUCAUAGUGAGGAAAAACCAUUUCAAUGUCAAAUCUGCCUAAAGUCGUUUGUUUUGUGUAGUUAUUUGAAGAUCCAUGAAAAAACACAUUCUGUUGAAGAAUCACUUCAGUGUACAAUUUGUCUAAAGUCAUUUGUCAACAGUAAUUAUUUGAAAAUUCAUGAAAGAACACAUACUGGAAUAAAGCCAUUUCAGUGCAAAAUCUGCCUGAAACCGUUUAUUAAUAAAAGUAAUUUGAAGGCACAUGAAAAAACUCAUACUGGGAUUAAAUCAUUUCAGUGUAAAAUGUGCCCAAAGUCGUUUGUUUUGUGUAGUUAUUUGAAGGCCCAUGAAAAAAGACAUUCUGUCGAAAAAUCAUUUCAGUGUACAAUUUGCCAAAAGUCAUUUAUUCACAGUUACGAUUUGAAAAUUCAUGAAAGAAUACAUACUGGAACAAAACCAUUUCAGUGCAAAAUCUGUUUGAAGUCAUUCUCUAAAAGUAGUUAUUGGAGAUUCCAUGAAAAAACUCAUAGUGAGGAAAAACCAUUUCGAUGUAAAAUCUGCCAAAAGUCAUUUACUCACAGUAAUUACUUGAAAAUUCAUGAAAGGAUACAUACUGGAAUAAAACCAUAUCAGUGCAAAAUUUGCUUGAAGUCAUUCACUCAAAGUAGUAGUUUGAAAACACAUGAAAGGAUACAUACUACUGAAAAGCCAGUGUAAGUCAUUUAUUCAAAGCAAUAAUUUGGAAGCUCAUGAAAAAACUCAUUCAUAAUGCUAUCACAUAAUAAUAAUAAAUUUCAAUUAAAUAAUUAAAUAAGAGGAUUGAAGCAAUUGAGGUGAAAAUAGCAGCCCUAGAGACUCAAUUUACAGAAAUUGAACGUUUACAUAUCGCUAGCCAUGCUGAAGUUACAAAUACAUCAUUAUUCCAAACUGAGGAGGUCAUUUCUGAAUGGGAAGAACGUAAGAAGCGUAGCAAAAAUAUUAUAAUAACAAAUGUAAGUGAGUCUACAAAAACCGAUAAGACACAGAGGAUUUUAGAUGAAACCGAUAAAGUACAACGUUUACUUUCAGAUAUUCAACUGCUUGAUCGUAA